UUUAACUGUCUGCAUUUUAAGUUCCUCUAUGAAUCUCUUUAAUUGUUUAGAAAAAUUGACUUUUAUACUGCUCUUAGUCUGUUUAUUUUGUCUGAAGUGACUGAAGAGGUCUCCCAAGGCCGGGAGAGUUAAUUGGUGAUUUGUAGUUCCCAACAACCUUGAAUCCUCGGCCAGGAGACAAUUAAUUAAAAGAAACCUGGUCGAUGAAUGAACUUGGACUGGACGGUUUCUCGGCAUACCAGAUAAGGGCAACCCCCAGUAACAAAGGUGGACGACCAAAAGAUUCAACAUGCUGUGAAAACUCCAACACGUGGAAGGAAGUGGGUUGUCUGGGGGAUGGAGAAAACACACCUGGCUGAAUCUAAUGAAACCCCAAACAGAACUGCACUAGGGAAGAUCUGUGUCCAAAAGAGAAGAAAUGUUGUUCCUUCAUCCACAAAGGCAGCCAAAUAUCCAAGCUGCUUCUACAGAUUCCCAAAUCACUGGAUCUGCAUUCUCAGUGAGUUUGUGCUUCCUCAAGUUACUGGAUAAACCAUGGGCUUUGCAGGACCAACUCAUUCCUCAGAUGCCACGAUGCCAGCCAGGACACGUCCAUGCCAAUUUCCUUUCAACAAUCUAUAUCUACCAGCUGUUGCCUCUCUUGAAUGAUAACACAAGGGGAGUUGAUAAAGGAUAUGAAUUGUCCUCUGCUGGUGAAAACUGGAACUUGGUUUGAAAACCUUUACUUUAGUAUUUGCAGCUUUGAAUGAGAUAUUUUUCCUGAAGCACCAAUUUCCCUCUAAAACUGAAUGGGCUUUAGGACUUAGGACUGGGUAAAAGCCAGUUCCAAUGAAAAGAUCUUCAAGCUCUUCCAAAUGAUAUUCAGGCUCUAGGCACAUAUCCAGAGGAAGGGAGUUCCAUAACCAAUAUCUGCAUGUCUUUGUUGUAUGAUCUCAGUAUAAUAAUAAUCAGGAAAGUGCUCUUGCAGCCCAGUCCUUUGCAUGUUUCAUUGAAAAGAAGUCUAUGGAAGGAAGUCUCAAUUUUCUACUUUUUGUAGUGGUGUUUUUCUUCUCCUCAACUUCUGGAUGAGUAUAACAUAGUGCUAUCCUAACUCCACUUACCAGAGGGGAAGCCCCAUUGAAUUUAAUAGGACUUCUGAACAGGCCAGACGGGUAAUGACGUUAUAACAGCACUGGCCCCCUGCUGCCUUUCCCCUUGACCCGGACGUAGAAGGCAGAAAGUGGCGUUACACAUAGGCGGGCGGAAGGCGGAAGUGGAGGCUUGCGGAGAGAAGGAGUGAGGGGGCAGGAAGAAGGAGCGGUAGCGCCCCCUCUCGUUGCCAGGGCAACAGGACCAGACAGAAGGAUUGAUGAUGGCUGUAACUUAAUCGACAAGACUAGAGUAGUCCUGGAAUCCAGACACCAUGGAGGAUAUUGGGUCUGAGACUGGAAAUCUGUGUGAAUGCAAGCCAGAUUGCCCUGAUUUGGCCAGGACUCUUCUGGGCACUGGCAGCCCUUGUGUGGCUAGUGAGUGCUCUUUCUCAGAUGGUAUGGAUGCAGGAAGCAACAUGUUCAUUGGUGGCCAGAUCUCCCAAGAGUGUGGCAGUUGCAAAGUCUGCCCCAGGAAAGAGGUAUUAGUUUUGGAAGCAACUGAGGCUUGUGAGCUGGCUCCUGAAAAGACUGAAAUUCUGAGUGGGGAGGAAGGUGUGAGGGAGACUGAAAUUGCUUGGAAUCGAAGGUGUGAUCAAGAUAAUGGCGGCUUGCACUUUACUGGCUACAAUGCCCCUGGCAAUGGAGCGGGCUCUUGUCAUUGUCAAGGAGAAACCUCUGAUCUCUCUGCAACUUAUUCAGAGAAAGGGCAUGACUUGUGUGGUUUCACUUGCCACCACUGGCCUUCAGCCUCCAAGGAGAAGGACACAUCAAAGUUACCACAAGACCAGGAAGAUGUUGAAGAUGACACAGCUUCAAAGUCCAAGGAGGAGCUUCCUGACUGCACUCGGGCUCCUGCAGGAAGAAAAGUUGCCCGGCAGCAAAGACACCGUUCCGCUGCUAAAGAUAAGGGUGAAGGGCGUUUUGCACUAUCGGGGGGGAAAUACAGGCAGACGAGAAAGAGGAGUGAUGGCGGGCGGCACCAUGACAUCCGAGCUGAACUGCUCAAGCAUCUGGAAGGGUUGGCCUCAUUCUGUGUCUCCUGCUUCAAACUCUUUAUCAGCCUCAUUGUGCAGGUCACCCACAGGUGUGGUGAGGGUGUGGAAGCUGGGGGAAAGCUAUUGUACUCUUGCUGCUCCUUAAGCCCACGUGAUCUAGACACCAUCCGAACUAGCAUGCAGGCUUGGAUCCAGUAUGCAAGGCUGGGCUGCAGGAAACUGACGCGGCAGCUGGGCUCCUGGGUUAGUGUGGCUUAUCACCUGCUCAAGAUGCUAUGUGCUGUACUCUUUCUGGUGCUCAUGCUUCUCCUGGGUAGCCUGAGACUCUGCUGGCGGGUUUCCAAAGCAGCCCUGUUCAGUGUCUUGGGUCAAUUGGCCCGUACCAGCCAUGGAGCCUGGCUUCUCUCAGCCAUUGACCUGCCCCAAGUUUGGGCCCUCUUUAAAGAAAGCAGGACUUGCAAGUGGGUGGCAGGCCUGCUGCUUAAGUGGCACACCGUCCUUUGGAUACCCAAAGGAUUAAGGACCAGCCAGCCAGGGGACACUGCUUACAAUGGGUCUCCUGGUGGGCCUGGGCCAUAUCAGCCUGGUGAAGAGGUGGCACGCUUGCUGGCUAUGGCACAUACUCCUGAAGAAGAGCUCAAUCCUUUCCAGGUCUUGGGCUUGGAGGCAACGGCAUCGGAUGCUGAGUUGAAGAGAGCCUACCGACACUUGGCAGUUCUGGUUCACCCAGACAAGAAUAAGCAUCCACGGGCAGAGGAGGCUUUCAAGGUACUGCGGGCAGCCUGGGAUAUUGUCAGCAAUCCUGAGAGGAGGAAGGAAUAUGAAAUCAAGCGGAUGGCAGAAACAGAGCUGACCAAAUCAAUGAACGAGUUCCUCUCCAAACUUCAGGAUGACCUAAAAGAAGCCAUGAACACAAUGAUGUGUAACAAGUGCCAGGGGAAGCACAAGCGGUUUGAGAUGGAUCGUGACGCAUUGAAUGCCCGCUACUGUGCAGAAUGUAGUAAGCUUCAUGCGGCUGAGGAGGGUGACUUCUGGGCUGAAUCCAGCAUGCUAGGGCUGAAGAUCACAUAUUUUGCCAUGAUGGAUGGAAAAGUUUAUGACAUCACAGAAUGGGCUGGCUGCCAGCGAGUGGGAAUCUCCCCAGACACACACCGGGUUCCAUAUCACAUAUCCUUUGGAUCAAGGGGCUCUGGAGGACGUCAGAGAGCUGCUUCGGAUGGCAGCCCUGCUUCAGCUGCAGAACUGCAGGACUUCUUCAACCGUAUCUUCCAAGGGAACCCUGGACAAAUGCCAAAUGGGAACUUUUUCAGUACACCCCAACCACCAUCUGCAGGGGGAGUGCCAACCCCUCCUGCCCCUUCAUCAAAGGUGGACAGUACUUCCCAGAAAGGAGAUUCGAAGCAGAAACGGCGGAAAAAAGUGCGGCGCCCCUUUCAGCGCUGAGGAUUCAACAGAGUGGGAGUGAAAUCUCCCAGGCUGGCCUCGAUGCCAGGCUUUUCAUCAGGUAGCAAAAGGGCUGUUUUAAAAAGGGAAAAGUGUAUUCUGCUUAGUGUCAAAAAAUCCAGAUGAUUCAGGCUCCUCUGGAGUAAUCUACAAUCCAGUAACUUCUGGCUGGAAAUAGACAACUCGUCUAUCCACUGCUGUUGUUGACAUGGAUCCCAUGAUACCAAAGAACUCCAAUAGAUAGCUUCCUGAAAGUGUCAUCGUGAAGAUGUGGCAUGGCCAGGUGUGGGGGUGGUGCAGCCUGUAUUGAGCCAUGGGAUCUCCUUUUAAGGCAACUUUCUCCGUGAGCUGCUUCUAUAAUUGUCCCUUUUCAACACCAAUGGUGUUAGCUGAUUCUUCUCUUUUAGUCCAUAAGGGUGCUUGGACUAGGACCUCUUGUCCUGCUAUCAAAUGUCUCCUAACUCACCUGGGACUUGGAGAAAAGUCAGAGGAUAGCAAGUUGCCCAGGAAAGACUUGGCUUGGUCUGUGGUAAUAUUAAGGUGUGUAGAAAAGGAGCCUCUAUCUUACUGCUGUGCAACAUCGGCAGUAAUGUUCUUACCCCAUGCUGGGUAUUCUCUGAACUACACUAGAAGAGAGUAAAGGGACCCAUCAUCCUUGCUAGAAAAUAUUAAUUCAGGGUCUACCAUGCAAAGGACCUAUCUAGACUCAAAACCAAGUAAAGGUAGGAGGAGAUGAAGAUAUAUCUUAUUGGUUACAGGACUGCACAAACACGGUGCAGAUACUCAGGAUUAUGCCAAACAGUCUUUUAGCUCCUGCUUUGAGUCCCAAAUAUUCCAUGGUUUUUGUUGCAAGACUACUGAGGUGUUCUGCAUCACCCCAUGAGCAAGUGGCCGCUUCUGGCUCUGAAUGCAAAGUGACUCUUUGAGAGAACCAAGGUCCUAUCUUUCUAAAGUGCUUGGUUUGCUCUUCCCUGAUAUAGCAAACACAUCUAUUUGCUUAUGCUUUCCCAGGAUUGUGAUCAAAUCAGUUAAGAAACUGGUGGUUAAACCCCAAGGUUUAGCAUGGGCAGUGAGCUCUAACUGUCCAACCUUGUUUUAUUGGAGGUUAUGUUUUUUUUAAAAAGUUCAGAUUUGUAUGUACAUACAUAUAUUUAAUACCAUGUGUAUUCCCCUUUGUAUAAAUGCAAAUAAAUGCCUUGG